GCACACAAACAGGCCUCAUCGGACAAUUUAAAUUAACUGUAGGGCUGUACAAGAAAAACAAUCACCAGUGGAACUAGAGACGUUGGUGAAGAAGGACGCGUCUUUUGGGUUGCGCGCAUUCUCCACCCGUGGGCGCAGGUGUGUCUAACAGGUGCGCGCAGGGAAGUUUCAAACACGGAAGUUUUCAGCGCAUCACGGCUCAUUUUACUACUGCACCUACGCCGAGUGCUGCGCGUCCGUCUGUGUCAGGACGCAGUCACAACAACAGCAACAACGGCAACAACUCGGGACUUCGGUAACACGAGCCCCGGCGGGAUUCCGACCCCAAUGGCAACCGCCGAACCGGUGCUGCCGAGCGGCCCGACGCCCGGAGAGACGCUCGGCGAGACGGAGCCGUUUGACGGCAGCGCGGAGAAGCUGAACUCGUCCGCCGUGAACCGCAUGCUGAUGGAGUUCCUCGUCUACGUGGGCAGAGCGCUCCUGCUCUUCUACCCCGUGUACCUGACGGGCUACCUGGGGCUCAGCAUCAGCUGGGUGCUGCUGUGCAUGCUGAUGGUCACCUGGUGGCAGAAGAACCGCCAGUGGAAGGACACGCGCAUCGGAACCGCGAUCGACCUCGUGGACAACGAGACGAGCGUGAUCGACCAGGAGCUGCGGAGCGCCCUACAGAUGGCCUCGUGGGUUCAGUUCUCUGAAGUGGAAAAGGUUGACUGGAUCAACAAGGUUCUGGAGCAGGCCUGGCCCUUCUUCGGCAUGUACAUGGACAAACUCCUCAGACAGAAGAUCCAGCCGACCGUCAGACUCUCCAACGCCGCGCUCAGAAUGUUCACUUUCACCAAAGUCCACUUCGGACACGUGCCGCUCAAGAUCACGGGGAUGAAGGUGUACACGCACGAGGUGGAUCAGAAGGAGGUCAUCAUGGACAUGAGCAUAUGUUACAACGGCGACGUGGACAUCCAGGCCACCGUGAAGCCGCCCAUCACCGCUGGUAUCAAGGAACUCAAACUCACCGGGAUGCUCAGGGUCAUUCUGCAGCCCCUCAUUGGUCAAGCGCCGCUGGUGGGCGGGGUCACCUUGUUUUUCAUCCGCCGCCCGACGCUCCAAAUCAACUGGACCGGCGCCACCAACAUUCUGGACAGCCCGGCCUUUGGCACCUUCUCUGAGGAAACGGUCAUCAACAUCGUGGCCUCUCUGAUGGUGCUGCCCAACCGGAUGUGCUUCCCCCUCAUAGACCAGGUCAAAAUGGACCAGAUGCGGUUCCCCCUGCCUCGUGGCGUGGUCAGGGUCUACGUGGUGGAGGCCCAAAACCUGGUGGCCAAGGACACGUACAUGAUGGGUUUGGUGAAGGGCAAAUCGGACCCGUACGCAAAAGUCAGAGUCGGCGAUCGGACUCUGAAAACCAAGACCAUCAAACAGAAUCUGAACCCGAUAUGGAACGAAGUGUAUGAGUAUGUCGUCCAUGAAGCCCCAGGGCAGGAGUUGGACAUAGAGUUAUUUGAUGAGGACACGGAUAAAGACGAUUUCCUUGGAAGGUUCAACCUGGAUUUGGGAGAAGUGAAGAAGGAGAAGGAAAUAGACAAGUGGUAUCCUCUGGAAGGGAUCGAGAAGGGAAAUAUUCAUCUGAAGCUUCAGUGGCUUUCCCUCAAGUCUGACUCCAGCCUGCUGAAGGAGUCAGAUAAUGGCCUCGCCUGUGCCAUGCUUGCCGUGUAUCUGGACAACGCCUCCAACCUACCAAAACACAGCGAGCUCACAGAGAAUCAGAAGCAUGGGAAGCAUGUGAAGGAAGGCCGGAUCACAAAGAAAAAUCAAAACCCAAACUCCUUUGUGGAGCUUUCGGUUGAUAGUCAUAUCCAGAAAAGCAAGAUUGUGUUUGCAUCCAAAGAUCCAGUGUGGGAGGAGGGCUUCACCUUCUUUGUGCAUAAUGUUAAAACACAGCAACUCAUUGUUCAGGUCAAAGAGCCUGAGAAGAAGACGCAGCUUGGAGUUCUAGUGCUGCCCCUGAAUCGGCUCCUGGGCACCUCCGACAUGACGCUGGACCAGCGCUUCCCUCUGGAGCGCUCUGGAGCGAACAGCCAGGUCAAGCUGAAGACGGCUCUCAGGAUUCUGAACGUGGAAAAGCCUCAACCGAAGGUUACGGUCAGUCCUCCUCAACAGGCAAAACAACAACAACAACAACAACAAGCGAAACCACCCCCUACCCAAGAAAAGAAUGGAUCUGUACCGACCCCCAGCGCUGCCCCUCCUGCUGCUGCUGGUUCCUCUAAACCGCUGUCCUCCAGCAGCGCCUCCCCCUCUCAAGCCCCACCCCAGGCCUCCCUUCCCAUCCGGACACCUGACUCUCAGGACGGCUCCAAGGGAGACCCCCUGUCCCCCCGCCGUGGGUCCCUCCUCUCUUCUGAGACCAACCGCUCCUCUCCUUCCCUGGCGAACAUGCGCCGGUUCGACUCCCACAGCCUGCUGUCGGACAACUCCAUCGCUUCGUCCCGCUUUGACCUUUCGGAGGGCGCCAUGUAUCCAGAGGCCGUCAGGAACCAUCAGGGUUCUUUUGGAGAGAUCCACCUGACUGUUCGCUACGCCAACCUCAGACACAAGCUCAUCGUCCAGGUUAUUGCUUGCAGGAAUUUAUUCCCCUGCAGUGAGAGCGGCACAGACUCUUACGUUCGUCUGUAUUUGCUCCCUGACCAAACCUGGAGACACCGGAAGAGGACGUCCGUUAAGAAGAAGACGGUCAACCCCAGUUUCGAUGACAAGUUUGAGUUUGACGUGUCACUCGAGGAGGCUCAAACAAGGAAGUUGGACGUGGCAGUGAAGAACAACAAAAUGUUUCACAGACGGGAGAGGAAGGACAUUGGAAUGGUCUUGUUAGAUCUUUCACAGAUGAAUCUAACUGUAGGUGUCACAGAAUGGUUUGAGCUCACACUUUCCGGUUUGAAGAAGUCCAUCUAAGAAGUUAAGGUGUAAAAGUUGUGUUUGUGGCUUAAAGAGCCCAUUCAUCUUGGAGAUUAGCAGAUUUAUUCGUCUUCCUGAUCAUCACAGCUUUUGUUUUUCCAAGCUUACCUUGAAUACUGAGCAUGCUCAGUAUUGCAUCUUGAAGUCUGUAUGAUCACUGCUGUUUAGAUAAAAUCUACUGGUCUAAGUUAUAUUGAGUGAAGAAUUAGCCUCAAAAAUGAUCAUCUAUUUCAUUUUCUAUAAAGAAGAAUAUUACUGGCUGGAAUGUUUUUAAUUUAGAUGUUCUAUUUUACAUAUUUUUGUGAGAGUUAUCUGUUACCUGUAUUUUUACAUGUAAAUAGUUUUAUUCGUUAUUUGUGUGGAGGAAUAAAAGGACCCUAAAUAUA